GAUUUUUAAAUCAUUGUAAGCCAGUGAUGAAUCAGAGGUUACAGAAUGCAAUGUCGAAUAAAAGUCUUCGAAAGAAUUGCUUCAAAUGACCAAAGAAAGAAAAUUGAUCUACCACCUUAAAACCUGGAUCUAGAAGAGCAUACUGCACAUGGUAGUAAGUGAUAACUGGGGAAAUUUAUUUGGCUCUUAAUGCAUCUAAAUGAAGGAACUGUCCCUUUGUUUCUCAGAGGGCUUGUACGCCUGAGAUUAUUUUAGUAACCCAUAGUUUUAUUAACAUUUUGACAUGAUCACAAACGGGGAGAAACAGCAAUAGUAAAGGCUGCUCAUUGAUCAAGAUGACUUCUGAAGAAAUGGCAGCUUCUGUUCUCAGACCUGUGACUCAGCGAAAAGUGAUAUCUGCUCAGUCGGCUGCAGAUGAAAGUAAUGAUAGGGUCUCGAACAUCAAUGUUCCAAAGGCUCAUCCUGUCAGGCAGAGCGGGGAGACUUCUCAUACCAUCUCACAACUGACCAAACUUACAGAAGAAUCUUCUGGAAGCAACUUGCCCCAGAUUCUCUCAGUAGCAAGUGAGAAAAUAACAAGUGAUGAGAACAGUAAUGAAAAGUGCUGGGAGAAAAGCAUACCAGACUCUGUGAAAAACCUUAACAUUAACUGCAACAACAUACUGAAAAACCAUCAGUGUGGCCUUCCUCAGAGCCAGUUUUAUGAAACGUGUGAUUCUACCACAGAGGAAGGCCUGUGUUUGGAAACUGGAAUCCCUUCUUCACUGGAAAGAAAGGUGUUCCCUGGAAUUCAACUGGAAAUAGACGGACCUCCCGCGGGCAUUAGUCCACUAGGAACUCAAUCAGCCAUCAUAGAGACGGGCAGGGCACACCCUGACAGCAACAUGGCGGUAUUUCACUUUCAGUAUGAAGUUGACAGAAGAAUGUCAGACACAUUCUGUCCCCUAUCAGAUAACUUGAUUUUGGAUGAUUGUGGAAACUGUGUACUACCUGCUGUUGGUGGGGAACAAAAGAACAAUUACAUGGCGUAUACUUGUAAACUGAUGGAAUUGGCAAGUAACUGUGACAAUAAGAAUAGGCAGCUGCAGUAUGAUCAUUGUGACCCCUUGAAUGACAAAUACUUGUGCUUUGAAGGCUCUUGCCCGAAGGCCAAUGUAGUAUGUUCAAGUGACAGCUUUUGUGGGGAGGAUUUUACUGACAGUCCACCUGCCAAGACCUUUCUGAGCCAUUUUGAGGACUUCCCUGAUAAUUGUGAAGAUGUAGAAGAAGAUUUAUUCAAAAGCAAGAAGGAGCGGUCCACUUGGUUAGUGAGGAGAUUUUGUAAAAAUGACAGGGAAGUAAAGAAAUCUGUAUAUACUGGGACAAGGGCAAUUGUGAGAACUCUGCCUUCUGGUCACAUUGGGCUGGGGGCUUGGAGUUACGUUGAUCGGAAGAGAAACGGUCUCUUACUGCCUUGUGGGAGAGUCAUGGAACGGCUGUCAACAGUGGUGACUAGGCGAGAUGGGGGCCAGCGUCUGUCAGAAGCCCAGUGGUGUCCGAUCUACAGUGCAGUGAGAAGGGGAGAAGAAACAGAAGAGACAAUUAGAUCUCUUCUCCAUUUCUUCACAAAGCUUCCAGCCUCCGAGACAGCCCAUGAAAGGAUUAGCAUUGGUCCGUGCUUAAAGCAAUGUGUCCAAGACACUGUUUGUGAGUAUCGUGCCACCCUCCAAAGGACUUCCAUAUCUCAGUACAUCACCGGCUCUCUCCUAGAAGCCACCACAUCUUUAGGAGCAAGAAGUAGCCUUCUCAAUUCUUUUGGAGGAUCCACCGGACGAAUGAUGCUGAAAGAACGCCAACCAGGCACCUCUAUGGCCAAUUCCAGUGCCCUCCCUUCAAGUUCAGCUGGGAUCAGCAAGGAACUGGUUGAUCUGCAGCCCCUCAUCCAGUUCCCAGAGGAAGUUGCCAGCGUCCUGAUGGAACAGGAGCAGAAUAUUUACCGAAGGGUCCUGCCGGUUGACUAUCUUUGCUUCUUGACCCGGGACUUGGGCACUACGGAAUGCCAGAGGCCCCUGCCCUGCCUCAAAGCGUCCAUCUCAGCAUCCAUUCUUACCUCCCAGAACGGAGAGCAUAAUGCCCUUGAAGAUCUCGUGAUGAGAUUUAAUGAGGUGAGCUCCUGGGUGACGUGGCUGAUCCUCACGGCGGGCUCCAUGGAGGAGAAGCGGGAAGUCUUCUCAUAUUUGGUGCACGUGGCCAAAUGCUGCUGGAACAUGGGCAACUACAACACCGUCAUGGAGUUCUUGGCCGGCCUCAGGUCAAGAAAAGUCUUAAAAAUGUGGCAGUUUAUGGACCAGUCUGACCUGGAGACGAUGAGGGGCCUGAAGGACGCCAUGGCCCAGCAUGAAUCUUCCUGCGAGUACAGGAAGGUGGUGACUCGGGCGCUGCACAUCCCCGGCUGUAAGGUGGUUCCGUUCUGCGGGGUGUUUCUGAAGGAGCUUUGUGAGGUGCUUGACGGAGCCUCCGGCCUCAUGAAGCUUUGCCCGAGGUACAAUUCCCAAGAAGAAACUCUAGAGUUUGUAGCUGAUUAUAGUGGACAAGAUAAUUUCUUACAACGAGUGGGACAGAAUGGCUUAAAGAAUUCAGAGAAGGAGUCCACCGUCAACAGCAUCUUUCAGAUCAUCAGGAGCUGCAGUCGAAGUCUGGAGACAGAGGAGGAGGACAGCCCCGGUGAAGGGAACAGCUCUAGGAAGAAUUCCUUGAAGGAUAAAGCCCGAUUGCAGUUCAUAAUUGGAGAUUUGUUGGAUUCUGAAAAUGACAUCUUUGAGCAGCCCCAAGAAUGGGACCCUCACGGAUCAGAAGAGCCACAGAAGGCCUUUGACCAUGGGACAGAGCUCAUCCCGUGGUACGUGCUGUCCAUCCAAGCUGAUGUACACCAGUUCCUGCUGCAGGGGGCCACGGUCAUCCACUAUGACCAGGACAUGCACCUCUCUGCCCGCUGCUUCCUCCAGCUUCAGCCUGACAAUAGUACCUUGACCUGGAUAAAGCCCACCACUGCUUCCCCAGCCAGUGCUAAAGCAAAACUUGGUGUGCUUAGUAACACAUCCGAGCCUGGCAAAUUCCCAUUACUGGGCAAUGCUGGAUUAAGUGGCCUGGCAGAGGGGGUCUUGGAUCUGUUUUCAGCAAAGGCUGUGUACAUGGGACACCCUAGCAUUGAUUUACACACUGUGUGUGUCCAGAACAAACUGAGUAACAUGUCUCUCUCAGAGACUGGUGUGACACUGCUCUACGGGCUUCAGACCACGGACAAUAGAUUAUUGCACUUUGUGGCACCAAAGCACACAGCUAAAAUGCUCUUCAGUGGAUUGUUGGAACUCACUAGAGCUGUGAGAAAGAUGAGGAAGUUCCCUGACCAAAGACAGCAGUGGCUGCGGAAACAGUACGUCAGCCUCUACCAGGAGGAUGGACGAUAUGAAGGCCCAACUUUGGCUCACGCUGUGGAGUUGUUUGGCGGCAGACGAUGGAGUACUCGAAACCCCAGUCCCGGGACAUCAGCAAAGAGUGCUGAGAAGCCCAACAUGCAGAGAAACAACACCUUGGGUAUAAGCACCACCAAGAAAAAGAAGAAAAUCCUUAUGAGGGGUGAGAGUGGAGAGGCCACCGAUGACGAGAUGGCCACGCGCAAAGCCAAAACGAACAAAGAGUGUCGGAGUCGGAGUGGUUCUGAUCCUCAAGACGUUAAUGAACAAGAAGAAUCAGAGGCGAACGCCAUCACGAGCCCUCCUAACCCUCUCCCUUCCAGAAGAGCCCACUCUUUGACCGCAGCUGGGUCCCCUAACUUGGCUGCCGGGACGUCAUCUCCCAUCAGGCCAGUGUCCUCCCCUGUGCUGUCUUCUUCAAACAAGAGCCUGUCCAGUGCUUGGAGCAGCAGCUGGCAUGGGCGGAUCAAAGGAGGAAUGAAGGGCUUUCAGAGCUUCAUGGUUUCAGACAGCAGCAUGAGUUUUGUGGAGUUUGUUGAACUGUUCAAAUCAUUCAGUGUGAGGAGCCGCAAGGACCUGAAGGAUCUCUUUGACAUCUAUGCCGUACCCUGCGACCGAGCCGGCUCCACAGCGGCCCCCCUCUACACCAACUUGACCAUUGACGAAAACACCAGUGGUCUUCAGCCUGACCUAGAUUUGUUGACCAGAAAUGUCUCCGAUUUGGGGUUAUUCAUUAAGAGUAAACAGCAGCUGUCCGACAACCAGAGGCAGAUAUCUGAUGCCAUUGCUGCUGCAAGUAUCGUGACAAAUGGCACUGGGGUGGAGAGCACAUCCCUGGGCGUAUUUGGAGUUGGCAUCCUCCAGCUCAAUGACUUCCUAGUGAAUUGCCAAGGAGAACACUACACUUAUGAUGAAAUCCUCAGCAUCAUCCAGAAGUUCGAGCCUAGUGUUAGUAUGUGUCAUCAGGGCCUAAUGUCGUUUGAAGGAUUUGCAAGGUUUCUGAUGGACAAAGAUAAUUUUGCCUCGAAAAAUGAUGAGUCGCAGGAGAACAUUAAAGAAUUACAAUUGCCCCUCUCCUACUAUUACAUUGAAUCUUCACACAAUACCUACCUCACAGGCCAUCAACUCAAAGGAGAAUCCUCAGUGGAACUCUACAGCCAGGUCCUCCUGCAAGGCUGUAGGAGUGUAGAGUUGGACUGCUGGGACGGAGAUGAUGGGAUGCCCAUCAUUUAUCAUGGACACACCCUGACAACCAAGAUCCCCUUCAAGGAAGUGGUUGAAGCCAUCGAUCGCAGUGCCUUUAUCAACUCCGACCUCCCCAUCAUCAUAUCUAUUGAGAACCACUGUUCAUUGCCUCAGCAACGAAAAAUGGCAGAAAUUUUCAAGACUGUGUUUGGAGAAAAACUGGUGGCUAAAUUCUUAUUUGAGAGUGAUUUCUCAGAUGAUCCAAUGCUUCCCUCACCUGACCAACUCAGGAGGAAAGUGCUUCUCAAAAAUAAGAAGUUAAAAGCCCAUCAGACACCGGUGGAUAUAUUAAAGCAAAAGGCUCAUCAGCUGGCAUCCAUGCAAGCUCAGGCUUAUAAUGGUGGCAGUGCCAACCCUCCACCUGCUAAUAAUGAAGAAGAGGAAGAUGAAGAGGACGAAUAUGAUUAUGACUAUGAAUCCCUCUCUGACGCAGAUGUCCUUACUGCUUCUCCUGUUCUUAACAGUCAGGAAGACAACAUUCUAGAAGACAGAACUGAAAAUAAAUCAUGUAAUGACAAACUUCAGUUUGAGUAUAAUGAAGAAAUCCCCAAGAGGAUAAAGAAAGCAGAUAACUCUGCUUGCAACAAAGGAAAGGUUUAUGAUAUGGAACUGGGAGAAGAAUUUUAUCUUCCUCAGAAUAAAAAGGAAAGCAGACAGAUUGCACCAGAGCUUUCUGACCUUGUCAUCUAUUGCCAAGCAGUAAAGUUUCCAGGCCUGUCAACUCUAAAUGCAUCUGGCUCUAGCAGAGGAAAAGAAAGGAAAAGCAGGAAGUCCAUUUUUGGCAACAAUCCGGGCAGAAUGAGCCCCGGGGAGACAGCAUCAUUUAACAAAACAUCUGGAAAAAGUUCCUGUGAAGGAAUGCGACAGGCCUGGGAGGACUCGCCUUCCUCUGUCAACCCAGCCACGUCCCUCAGCGCUAUCAUUAGAACUCCCAAAUGCUACCACAUCUCCUCGCUGAAUGAAAAUGCCGCCAAACGUCUGUGUCGCAGGUAUUCUCAGAAACUGAUCCAGCACACUGCCUGCCAGCUGCUGAGGACGUAUCCGGCUGCCACCCGCAUCGACUCAUCCAACCCCAGCCCCCUCCUCUUCUGGCUCCAUGGGAUACAGCUCGUGGCGCUCAACUACCAGACAGAUGAUCUCCCUUUACAUUUAAAUGCUGCCAUGUUUGAGGCCAACGGUGGCUGUGGUUAUGUUCUGAAACCCCCAGUUCUGUGGGACAAGAACUGUCCCAUGUAUCAGAAGUUUUCUCCCUUGGAAAGAGACCUGGACAACAUGGAGCCUGCCGUCUAUUCUUUAACUAUUGUCUCUGGGCAGAACGUGUGCCCGAGUAACAGCACGGGAAGCCCGUGUAUAGAGGUCGACGUCCUGGGCAUGGCCCUGGAUAGCUGCCACUUCCGCACGAAGCCCAUCCACCGCAAUACUCUGAACCCCAUGUGGAAUGAACAGUUCCUCUUCCGGGUUCACUUUGAAGAUCUCCUGUUUCUUCGUUUUGCCGUUGUGGAGAACAACAGCUCGGUGGUAACUGCUCAGAGAAUCAUCCCCCUCAAGGCUCUAAAGCGAGGAUAUCGACAUCUUCAGCUGCGAAACCUCCACAAUGAAGUCUUGGAAAUCUCUAGUUUAUUCAUAAACAGCAGGAGGAUGGAAGAAAAUUCCUCUGGCAAUACUAUGCCGGCCUCUUUGAUGUUUAAUACAGAAGAAAGAAAAUGUUUGCAGAUUCACAGAGUCACAGUACAUGGGGUCCCAGGUCCAGAGCCCUUUGCUGUUUUCUCCAUAAAUGGAGGCACCAAGGCAAAGCAGCUUCUCCAACAAAGUCUGACCAUUGAUCAAGACACCAAACCUAUUGCCACAGACUAUUUUUUAAUGGAAGAAAAAUAUUUUAUAUCUAAAGAAAAGAAUGAAUGUAGGAAACAACCAUUCCAGAGAGCCAUUGGUCCAGAAGAAGAGAUCAUGCAGAUUUUAAGCAGCUGGUUUCCAGAAGAGGGAUAUGUUGGCAGGAUUGUCUUAAAAACCCAGCAGGAAAACCUGGAAGAGAAGAGCAUCGUUCAAGAUGACAAGGAGAUGAUCUUGAGCUCAGAGGAGGAGAGUUUCUUUGUCCAAGUGCAUGACGUUUCUCCAGAGCAACCGCGAACGGUCAUCAAGGCGCCCCGCGUCAGCACCGCGCAGGACGUCAUUCAGCAGACCUUAUGCAAAGCCAAAUAUUCCUAUAGCAUCUUGAGCAACCCGAACCCGGGUGAUUAUGUGCUUUUGGAAGAGGUGGUGAAAGACACUGCCAACAGGAAGUCUUCUACCCCAAAGUCCUCCCAGCGUGUCCUUUUGGAUCAGGAGUGUGUUUUUCAAGCUCAAAGCAGGUGGAAAGGUGCAGGAAAAUUUAUCCUUAAGCUAAAGGAACAAGUGCAGGCAUCCCGAGAAGACAAAAGAAAAGGCAUCUCUUUUGCAAGCGAACUCAAGAAGCUCACCAAGUCGACUAAACAGCCCCGAGGACUCACAUCACCUUCUCAGGUCUUGGCCUCAGAAAAUGUCCAAAACAAGGAGGAGAAACCUGUGGGCGGCUUGUCCUCCAGUGACACGAUAGACUAUCGACAGUGAGCAGGGGUAGCACGUUUUACCCAGGUAUUCUGAGUCACUGCACUGUUCUGAAACGGGGGUCAACUUACACUACUUUGUCAGACACAGUCUGUACACUAUCGUUUGUCUUUUCCAAGAGGAGGAUGUCCCUGAGGCAGGUAGGAAUGGUACCCUACAAGAAAAGGGCUCUGAAGAUACACAUCACUUCAGCACUGAUAAUUUUAGAUCUCCUUAUUUUGUAGAUAACUAAAGGCCCCAGGAGGACAACAAACUUGCCCACUCUACAACAGCCUUAUCUCAUCAGACACAGAACUGUCUUAAUUACUGGUAACUCAUAUGAACAUACUUGAAGGGCUGCUAUGGGCCAUUCAGCUUUUAUUCCUUUGGAUUUCUAGUUUGAUGUUCUUCUAAUUCAGGUCUGAUUUACUCUCAACAACCUCCACUUCUUCUGCCUCAAUUAAAAAAUUAAAAUCUGGCAUCCAGGAUGUAAUGAUUAAAAAGAAAGCAAAAUGACAUAACAGCCUGCAGUAAAUCACGCCUUUGGUUGCCAGCUUACUGCUUGGUAUUCACAUACAGAGUAAAUUUCACUCUAUCUUAAAACAGACUAUUUAUAUGGAACCUGAAUUUAAAAAAAGAAAAAGCAUGUGAGGAAACCAAACGUAGAUUUCUUCUUUUCACUUAGUUUCUUAAUGAACCCAAGGGAUUAUUAACACCCACUUUUCACCUGUUCCAUCACAGUUCUAAGAUUUAAAAUUCUCAAGAGACCAACUGCACAGUGAAGGCAUUGUUGCUUACACUACAGAGCUACAUCAUCUGUCUUCAUCACAAUCAGAUAUUUGUAGAAGCUCAUAAUUAAAGAAUUUAUUAAUAUCUCUUGACCGGGCCAAAUUUGCCUUAUAAAAGCCAAAAAGAAGGCUGAUACAUUGAGCCAAUGUUUAAGGAGCAACUCCUAAAACAAUCGGUGCCCCGUAUACACUUACAAAGAAAGCUCUUUCAAAACAGACGAGGCCAAAUACAGGAAACUGCCUCCUCCAGAACUUCUGCACAUCCCAUUAUCUUGAGUCAGGGCUUUUUAGGUUCUGUAUGCAAAGACUCAUGAGGAAGAAAUCUCGGCUCUACGGCAGCAAUCCACAUCACACAGCAUCAGAUAAUAGUGAAUAUGCAGAGUAUAGUGAAGCCCUGGGCUGUUCCAGACUCUGAGGAGGCUCAGCACCCAUUUUCUGUUGCGGUACCUCUGGUAUCCCAUUUUUAAAGUUCAGACUCACUUCCUUUCCUGCCACAGUGUCACCCAGACAGGCAGUGUCUCCGAAAGCCCAGUGAGCUUUAGGACUAAGUACCAUGCUAAGCCUCUCCAACUUUUGGAAAGUGACUCACAGUGGUAGUGGGUGUGUGAGCACACAAUAAAGACAGUGAUCAAAAUUUCAAAUAUUGUUUUCCAUAUCAAGAACUUAGCAUCAAAUAAAUCAUAGGUGUGAUAAUGUUAUGCACACCUCUCUAUCAUAACCUCCUUAAUGACAGAGUGAAAUUACACUCUGCACAUAAAGAGCCCUCGGUGUGCCAGAAGAUUAAUAAGUACGUAAGAAUACAACUCCACUAGAAAUUUGACUUUAAAAUAAUGUGCUUGCUAUAAUGAGCAUUACUAGUUGCUUAUAUUUUAGGAGAGUAGGGAGGGUGGUGGUGAUUUAGACAAUUGCCUUUGGACUCAAUUUUCCUAUAGUAAGCAGAUAUUCAGAAUCAGUUAAAUGACCUCACAUCUUUCACUAAACUUGGGGAAGCUCCUCUUUAAAAAUAGCCAUUGAGGGACUUCCCUGGUGGUCCAGUGGCUAAGACUCUGCACUCCCAAUGCAGGGGGCCCAGGUUCGAUACCUGGUCAGGGAACUAGAUCCCGCAUGCCACAACUAAGAAAUGAAUGCUGCAACUAAAAGACCCCGCAUACUGCAACUGAAGAUCCUGCACACGGCAACGAAGAUUCCCUGUGCUGCAACUAAGACGCAGCGCAGACAAAUAAAUAAACAGAUAAAUAUUUUUUAAUUUAAAAAUAAAAUUAAAAUAGCCAUUGAUAUAAUAAUAAUAGUAAUAGCCAUUGGUGCAUCUAUGGGAAUAUAGAUCCCAUGUUAUUAAUUUUACAAAUAGUGUUUCGAAGAAAGAACACUUGUGAAAAAAGAAGGGCCUUUCUGUAUAUGCUCGUAAGAAAACAAGUUUAAUAUUUUUAUUGCUUUCUGAGUGAUAUAGUUCAUGUUAUUUGUUCUGAAAUAUUCACCUCUAAAGUUUCAAGAGUUACCUCCUAAUAAUAAUCUAAGAAUUUCUAAACAAAUAAUUAUUUAACUUACUCAACUAGUUGACAGAAGUCCACCUUUUUUUUCUUUUAAAGCUGAACAGUUUAAUUAUGGUUUAAAAAAAAAAUCUUUGUAAAGAAUGUGAUGUUCCAGGGCAGAAAUAGCCUAAUGUUCCACCUCCCAGGAACAUCAUGUUCUACCACUGUGAGUUUACAGGAAAUCGUCUCUCCCCCAAACCCAGUCACCAGAGCUUGGGUUUCUGUUGGUUGAACAACCUUAAACCUUGCUACACUAUGAACAUUUCUGUUCCUUCACUUUAAAGAGACUG